UCAAUGAGGAGUCGUUGACCCAAUGAACUUUUUCAUGUUUAUUCCCACCCCCGCUAGGGUUUCGUUAAAUUGGUUCGCCCGCAAACCCUAGCUCCGAAAUCCUUCCCUCAACCCCUCCCAUCCCAUGCGCUGUUCUUGAAAUCCCCCCAAUCGUAAGACAGCAGCAGCUCAAACUCCAACCAACAAUGGCGAGACGAGGCCUCCUCCUUCUCCGGCAAUUCCUCCGCGACUCGGCCGCCGCGUCCUCCUCCCCUCUGCCACUGAGAGCCCUCGCCUCCGCCGAGAGCCGGCGGUCGGUGACCUACAUGCCCCGCCCCGGGGACGGGGCGCCGCGGGCGGUGACCCUGAUCCCCGGCGACGGGAUCGGCCCUCUCGUCACCGGCGCCGUCCGGCAGGUCAUGGAGGCGAUGCACGCCCCGGUCUACUUCGAGACCUACGAGGUCCACGGCGCAAUGGACACCGUCCCGUCGGAGGUCAUCGAGUCCAUACGGAAGAACAAGGUCUGCCUCAAGGGCGGCCUCGCUACCCCCGUCGGCGGUGGGGUCAGCUCCCUCAACGUCCAGCUCCGAAAGGAGCUCGAUCUCUACGCGUCCCUCGUCAAUUGCUUCAACCUCCCCGGCCUCCCCACAAGGCACCAGAACGUCGACAUCGUGGUCAUCAGGGAAAAUACGGAGGGGGAGUACUCGGGGUUGGAGCAUGAGGUGGUUCCCGGUGUUGUCGAAAGCCUCAAGAAACCUUUCCAGGUGAUGACAAAGUUCUGUUCAGAGCGCAUUGCAAAAUAUGCUUUCGAGUAUGCAUACCUGAACAAUCGGAAGAAAGUCACAGCUGUGCAUAAGGCCAAUAUUAUGAAGCUUGCAGAUGGUCUAUUCUUAGAAUCUUGUCGUGAGGUUGCAACAAAAUACCCAGUGAUAAAGUACGAUGAAAUCAUUGUGGACAACUGUUGUAUGCAGCUGGUGUCGAAGCCUGAGCAGUUUGAUGUCAUGGUUACACCAAAUCUGUAUGGCAAUCUGGUGGCGAACACAGCUGCUGGUAUUGCUGGAGGCACCGGUGUAAUGCCAGGAGGCAACGCCGGUCAAGAUCAUGCAGUUUUUGAGCAAGGUGCUUCCGCUGGCAAUGUAGGAAACCAGAAGAUAGUGGAACUGAAGAAGGCAAAUCCAGUAGCUCUUCUUCUUUCCUCGGCAAUGAUGUUGAGGCAUCUCCAGUUCCCUUCAUUUGCUGACCGGCUAGAGACCGCUGUCAAGCGAGUAAUUUUGGAAGGCAAAUACAGGACCAAAGAUUUAGGAGGGGUUAGCACCACCCAAGAAGUUGUUGAUGCAGUCAUAGCAGCGCUGGACUGAUGAUCCUGAUCUUUUUGCCGAGUAUUGUUGCGGACAACAGAUCAUUUGCUUCUCCUAAAAUAUUAAUUUUGUUUUAUGACCUAAGUAACUUUGAUAUUUACAACUCCCACUAUGGCAACCUGAUUUCAGAAACAUGAUUCUUUUUCUUUAGAUGAUUCAAUUCUUGUCCAAUAUAGAUGUAUCUGGAUUUCAAGUUAUUUCAUGUAAAGUCAUAAAUUGGAAAUAAACAGGCAGAGGCAUUCUAAAUAAUAAUAAAUUUACUGUGUUAUCUCUCUG